GGGAGCGGCGGCGGGCGCAGAACGGCGGCGGCAGCGGGAGAGGCAGGAGCAUGGAGCGGGCACCGGGAGUCUUCGGAGGACCCAAGGUUGAGCUUCACGUCCACCUGGAUGGAGCCAUUAGACCAGAGACAAUCUUGUACUUUGGCAGAAAAAGAGGGAUCCCUCUCCCUGGCAACACUGUUGAGGAGCUCCUGAAGUACAUCAGCUAUGACACACCGCUGACACUUCCCCAAUUUCUGGAGAAAUUUAAUUACUACAUGCCCGCUAUUGCGGGUGACCGUGAGGCAGUGAGGAGAAUCGCCUACGAGUUCGUGGAGACAAAGGCAAAGGAAGGAAUCGCCUACGUGGAGGUCCGGUACAGCCCUCACCUCCUGGCCAACUCUGGCGUGGAUCCCAUCCCCUGGGGACAAGCUGAGGGAGACCUCACUCCAGAUGAAGUCGUUCAGCUCGUAAAUCAGGGACUACAGGAUGGAGAAAGGGAUUUCCACAUCAAAGCCAGGUCUAUUCUAUGCUGCAUGCGCCAUAUGCCAAGCUGGUCUCCAGAGGUGGUGGAGCUGUGCAAGAAGUAUCGAAACGACUCUGUGGUGGCCAUUGACCUGGCUGGGGAUGAGACCCUGAAGGUGGAGAAUAACUCUGAGCAUAAGAAGGCUUAUGAGGAAGCUGAGAGAUGUGGGAUUCACCGCACUGUCCACGCUGGGGAGGCCGGCCCUGCUGCCAUGGUCAAGGAGGCAGUUUAUGUCCUGAAGGCCGAGCGUGUUGGCCAUGGAUACCAUGUCCUGGAGGACCCUGAGCUCUACAAGGAGCUGCUGAGAAUAAAGAUGCAUUUUGAGGUCUGCCCUUGGUCCAGUUAUCUCAUUGGUGCGUGUUCUCCGGACUUCACCAAACACCCCGUAAUACAAUUUAAGAAGGAUCGUGCCAACUAUUCUCUAAACACAGAUGACCCCCUCAUCUUAAACUCCACCAUUGACAAGGAUUAUGGCAUAGUCAAGGAAUACAUGGGCUUCACUGAAGAGGAGUUCAAGAGAGUUAACAUCAACGCAGCCCAGUCCAGCUUCUUACCUGAGAAGGAAAAGCAAGAGCUGCUCAACAAGCUGUAUGAAGCCUAUGGGAUGGCCCCAACACAUCGUGACCCGUCCCUGUGAGCCAGCGUGGAGCAGGGCCCUUCUUCCUCUGCUGACUCCUCUGUGCCCGUGGGAGCUCGGGGAGGAGGUGCCCAGGGUCGGUCUCUAUUCCUGGCAGCCCUGUGUUAACCCUUACAUUGCUCAUCAGAAUCAGACUAUCACAUUCACCCACCUCAACCCCACAAACUCUCUCCCAAAUGGAUAUCCAGCUUCCUAUCCUGCUGCUGUGCAAGCAGACUGGAUCUGCCUGCUGGCCUGACUCCCUUCUCCAUCUGUCAGUGUUUCUGUACUGCAAAUGCAAACAGAAAAACCUCCCCUGCUUUUUUUCUCCCUACUCUUUCCCUGUUUUUCCUGUCCUGUCCCACUGACCUGCCUGGCCCUUGUCUGCAGUGCCGAAAUAACCACCUUUAACUCUGGCUGUGGCCUGGGUUAAUCUUCACCCUUGCAGGGAAGAGGUGUGUUAGUGCUGGCAGGGAGUGAGCAGGUGUUUCAGACACAGAGGCUUUAUUCCUGUCCCUGUGGGUAGGAGGGUUUGGUCACAGCUCUAUUUACACAGGGUUAGUCUUGUACUAACAAGACUGGAACAAGAACAAGCUGGAAGCUGGUGCCCCUACCUAUACACCGGUCUGAAGGGCAUUUAAAACAAAAUACAUUUUUUUUUUGGCAUCCUUUCUUGGACAAGAGCUGUAUUAGGCCUCCCAAUGUCACUGCAGGUGACAGCAGUGCUCACAGCUGGCCACGACCAUGCUCGCACAUGCAUAGGAAGUUGGAACAUAAUUUUACCACUUUGGGCGAAAAUCUGCCCUCUGGGACUUUUCCCAGUUUUGUACUCAUCCUGGAGAAUUCCUGUGAACUGCAGUUUGAUCUUCCUCUAUCUUUGUUUAGGGCUUGGAGAAGCCAUGGUCGAUUGGCUGGUUUAACAGUUCUGCCCUCUUCCUAAUUUGACAUAAUUGUUAGGCACUGCUAAGGCUGAAAAAGUAAAUUAACUAGGGCCCAGUGUUGACUCAGGUCCCACCUGAUUGCUUCUCUCACUCAACUACAACACUGGCUCCAAAUCAGAUCUUUGGUUUGGUGGAGAAUUUAUACAGAAAAAUUCACUGAAUAUUCCUAAGUGAUUUUGGUGCAUAAUAGUGUUUUUACUCCAUAAGCAAUACAGCUGUGCAUCCAGAGAAGAGACCAUAGUUUUCUGACUUGAGUGUGUGGUGUGCUUUAGCAUCCCAGGUGUCUGCCAAGAUGCUUACUCCAAAGAUACUGUACCAAAAAGUUGCCUUUGACAAGGGGCCGUGGUCACCAUUACCACAGACAGACCACGGACUGGUCCAGCCUCAUCCAGCAGGAACAGUGUGCUGGGAGUAUUUCCAUUCUUUCUGGGCUUCCAUAUUGGUCUUCUGAGUAAAAUACUCAUCUCUGAAGUACGUGGUGCAUAUAUACACAUAGAUAGAUGAAUAAGAGAGAGUGAUUUUCUUACUUUUAUAAAGCAAAAAAAUAAAGCAUCCCUUUUAGGAACAUGAUUGUGAUAAGAAACAGGCCUUUUUUGGGUAAUUCCUCUCCAAAAAUUCUUUCUGAAGAAGAGUUUCUUGUUUGGAUUCUGGACAGUUGAUUGUUAAUCCUCUUUAAUAAAAUAACAGAUUUAUAUUAAAGGUAAA